AUGUCUUCAUUUCGACCGUUUCGAUGGACCUACCCACAAAAGACUGGCUCUGGAUUUACAAUUAUUCCUAAUCGAACUAUGAUCAACAAUGAUAUUGAACAAUAUUUUCAACAAUUAGCAAGUCGAUUGAAAAGCUUUGACAUUAUUAUUAAUCAUAAUUUACCUUUUCUUUUGCAUGGACAUUCGAAAGAAUGGAUUCACAAGGUACACAAACUGCAACUUCAUGUGAUUCAUAGAUAUAUCAAUAGUAUUGAAUGGUUUCUAAAGACGAUUACUGAUAGUUCCAAUGGUUCGUUGAAUGGAAGGCAAAAACGUGACAUUCAACUCGAAUUGAAUGCGAUGAUCAAUGAUUUAACACAAAUAUUAGAAGUUUUACAGACAAAAGCACGAUUUAUCAAUGAUCUAGUUGCACAAAAUUUCGGAUACUAUAAUGCAAGUCAAUACAAUUUUAGUGUAACUGAUGAUAUACAAAUCUUGAAACGUAUGUUAAUAAGAGAUCCUAAUAUCGAUCGUAUUCUUUGCUCUAAUGAUCUAUUGAACAGCAAUAAUCCGUCACAAUUGAAAAUAUUGCUUCAUGAACUGGUGGAAGAACGCAAGACGAAUCCGAAUCUACGACUAGUUUAUGCUGAUUUCUCUACCUCGCCAUUCAAAUUGCACGAUUUUAUAGUAUUACCAUUCGUGCCAUCGUCGUCGUCUACUAACGAUGAUAUCAUGAAUGUUCUUCUUAUUGGAGAAAGUGGAGUGGGAAAAUCGACAUUUAUCAAUGGCCUUGCGAACUACUUCACAUUCGAAACAAUUGAACGAGCGCAAGCAAACAAAUCAAUUGUUCUUAUAUCAGACGAAGAUUCCCCGAAUAGUUGUAAAUCGUAUGUAUUCAAUUUCGGUGCUCAAGAUCGACGAAGGCUACGUAUUAUUGACACACCAGACUUGGGGAAUACUCGCGAUAUGCAGUAUAUCUUAGAAUACAUUUAUGAUCUAACUCAUCUGAAUGCUAUUUGCGUUCUUCUAAAACCAAACAUGACACGAAUGACAGAUCUUGUUUCCACUUGUCUCAAUCAAUUUUUCGAACUAUUGGGAUCGAAGUUCAGUCGGAAUGUUAUCUUUUGUUUCACCAAUGCACGGCCGACUUUGUAUACACCUGGAGAAUCAGCACCUUUACUAAAAGAUAUUCCAUUCAAUAAAGAGAAUACGUUUUGUUUUGAUAAUGAAUCAUUUCGAUACUUAGUUGCUUUACAAAAUAAAAUUCAGUUUACAGCAGAACAAAAACGUGAAUAUGAAACUAGUUGGUCGAAAUCAGUUCAAGAAUCCCAACGAUUCCUUACCUAUAUUCGUACCCAAUUAUCAAGUUAUCCAUUGGACGAUAAUUUACAGUCGAUUUCACAUGCCAGCAUGAAGAUCAAUCGCAUGAUUCGUCCAAUGUUAGAAGCGAUUCGGAAUCUUCUUCGAAAUCGAAUUCUGCUGACUAUCGAUACUUCCAUCAAGUUGAUUAAACUAUGUCCGCGCGCUAUUCAACGGCAGCGAGCUUUUUGUACUUCGUGUGAACGAGACGCUUUUCAUCUUGGACAUUUCUGGAUUCUACCAGACGAUGCACAUGCAUUUCGAAAUCAAUGUUUGACCUGUUCUUGCACUCCGAAUCAACACAUCAGCAUUGACUAUAUUCUCGGUUACGAUACGAUAAGUGCCUCUCCGAACGAUCAAAUACCGAAGAUAGACAACCUUCUUCAAGAGUUAUGUUCAAUUAGCAUUCAAUUCGCUGGUUUUCUUAGAAAGCGCACAGACGAUCAGUUUCUUCUCGGUUUAAAACAACUCAUUGCUGAAGAACAACAGAUCUGCUCAGUUCAUCACGAAUCCAAUCACUAUAAUCUAGAACUUGUUAGAGAAUUGCAAAUACUUCUGAUGUCCUACGACGAGCAAAUGACGAAGUUGCAAUCAACUGAACAAAAUCGAGAUUUACAAUUUAUCUACGACCAAAUUCAAACCGUCGAGCAAAUUUCAAUUAUACAAGAACAACUGGCAGUUAUUCAUCAACAUGCGUGUGAGGAAUUUGAAAUUCAAACAAAUUCCAUACGUCGCAAUGUGUUCUCUUCUUCCGAAUUGAAAUAG